ACCAGUACAACGCAUUAGUCAGGAAAGGCAACUCAGUGAUCCCUUCAGCUCCAAUGAUGAACUUUGUGCGUGCCCAGAUCAAGAAAGCAGCUGAUGAGACCGAGACUAUUCUGGAAACAACCCCGACUGGCAAAAGCGAUGGGGAAGGUGCACUUCGAGCAUUCAUUAAGCGCCAGGGCCAAAAGUUAAGGCGGCUAUCAAACCUUUUCGGUUGUCGUGACCCCGAGUAUGUAUCACCAGAACGGUCUAGGUCGGCGACACCAUCAGAUCCCGCUUCGGGGCAGGGCCAUGGUGAACCUUUCGAGGAUGAGGAUGUGGGUGUGGUCACCCAAGAGGUUGCUGAUGAUAUGACCGUGGGGACGUACCAGGCUCGGUCUGCAUACGAGUUGAAGCCUAGGAAGGGAAUCAACAAGUACACACCUGAAGACUUCACCCAAAGAGGCCAAAGAGGCAAAAGGACGGUCGGCACCUCGCGGAUGGCGGCUUUGGAUGACUAUUUGGAUGACGAUGUAGAUUACGUGGAGGAACCGGAGCCGGAGCCGGAGCGGGUUCCUCUUCCUAGGAAGGUGAAGAAGAUAAGCGUCAAGAGGGGGGAGGAGCCAGCAAGCGCGGAAAGCACUAGUCAUCAUCCUUUAUUUAUAAUGUUGAACUUAGAGUGGUGGUAGCUCUUAGUAAUGUGGAAUUUGUUAUGUCGUUGAACUUGGAGUGGUGGUAGCUCUAUGUUAAACUUGAACUUAUUGUGAUGGUCCUUUCUAAGAAA